GUCACACGAACACACAGCUGAACUGUCAAAGUCAAUGAAAUGAAAUAUAUAUACACACAUCAAAUGCACUGAGAACCCGAAGUUCUUCAGUUCUAUAGCUGAAGUAUUUGCUGUUCAUGAUAAAAAAAAAGAGUACAUAGUUUUUUUUUCAAAUGUUGCUUAUUUUGUUUUGAUCAUCGUUUUUAAAAAAAAACGUCCGAAAAGAUUUCAAGUGAUAAGUGCCUUUAUGUUAGUAUUGUUAAGGAAAUUGGUGAAAAAUUCAGUGUGUUUUAAGUGUGAAAAAUUUGGAAUGAUAUCAAUUUAAUUCAAGUGUAAAAAAAAAUACAGACUUAAAGAAUUAAUCAAAAAUGGCCGAUGGAGUUUGGAGGAAAAAGCGAGACGAAUAUGAAACAAAUAGUUCGGAGGAGGAGGAGGAUGAGCCCGUUGAAUUGCGGAAAAAGAGCGUCACAAUGGUUGAGAAGACGGCAUCACUUGAUAUUGGUUCGAACGGUUACAGACGCGAAAUGACGACAGAAGAACUUAUCAACAGAUUCGAUAUGGACGAGUACGGCAGCACCCCGCCACGACAACGAGCACGGAUCAAAACUCGCGAUUGGGAUCGCAAACAACAAAAAUUAGAGGCAGCUACAAAAGCGAUACGGGGCAUAAACAGAAUGUCGCGAAAGGUGAACCGACGAAACACAUUGGACUGUGCAAUUUUAAAUGAAAUUUUCAUCGACGACGACACCAAAAAAUGUGAUAAACGUUCGAUGCAACUGUUGCGCGAAUCCGAACGCGAUAUGAAAUUGUCAACGAAUGUCAUUUAUCCAAUAUCGGGUUCACCAACACCGUUGAAUCCAUCGCCUAGCAAAACGCCGAAUGCAAAUUACGCGAAAAAUGUGAUAAACACGAGCACAGCAUCUACACCGUAUGAUGAUCGUGAUAGUUUUCCGCCGAUCGGUGGACAUCGUUCAGUUGCAUCGACCAAUUUAUCGGUUGUACCAAAGGUGAUCGAAACGGGUAAUCGGUUUAUGAGCGUCACAUCAAGACCAAUCGGAUGCCGAGCAUCAGCACCAGCUCAAGCAUUUCUAUCACUUAAGCCACAGAAGGAGUGUGGACCAAAUUCCAACGUUGCCUCUGGAAUUCAACCAAAUAAACUAGUGAAUAAUGUGAGCUUGAGUGAAAAAUCAAUGCUACAAACGCGUCAAGAAUUCCACGAAACAUUUGCAAAUCUCAUAAAACUUGGCAGCAGUGACAAACAGGACGCAAAAAUAUCGAGCGAAGAUUAUUUAUGGCAAACCGAGCUCAAAGAUAUGAUCUGGCUUGAGUUGCAAGCACGACACGCUAGUCGCACACUCGAACAACAGGACAAAUAUUUGUAUUCAGCUCGACAAGGCAUACCUGAUCUUCUCAAUAAGAUUUUAAAUUUUAGAUUCGUGCGGCACUUUGAACGCGAAAUGAGCGUUUCGAGUACAGACAGUGGAGUAUCGGUGAAUUCACCAUGUAUGCCUUCAACACCCGAAAGUAGUUGUACAACAUCUGAGUCACAGCCCAAACAAAGAUGUGCGCAGUGUUAUUCGAUGUAUUGUAAGGAUUGUCAAGAGCAGCAAACGAUAGCUUUGCGCGAAGUGGAAGAACUGUUAACUCGCUUAGAAGCAGCUGAAGCCCUUUACCCAUCGUCACAAGUUUUAGCCAAUUUUCAUCCCGUGUACAAAUCGCCAAAAUUCGUUGGCCGUGUGAAAGCGAUGUGUUUGUGGUACAAUAUCACGCGACACCAUCGAUUGAAAUUACUGAUAGUGGGCAAAAUAUUUGCCAGAUUACAGGGAAAAGCAUUUCAAUGGCCACUGUCCGAGAAUAAAACCGAUAGUUCUGCAUCGUCAUCGAUCCAAGAGAAUGAAGACUCUGGCCGUGAUUCAAUAGACUCAAGGAAAAUCCCACAAACUAAAAUACCCAAAGUAAAAUUCACGUGCGAUGGUGAUUCAAGUGCUAGCCCGUCAGACAGUGUUAGCCCCGCUGAUAGCAUUGAUUCGAUGCGUGAGGCGCAAAAUUGCUCAUUGGAUGCGAUUGAAAAUCAUUCUGAUUUGAGUGUACACGAUUAUCAAGAUAUAUUCAAGCAUGUGGAUUUGUGCAAUGUUAGCCAUAGCCCGAGUUACAAUAAUAUGCCGCUAUCGCCUUACCGAAAAUAUAUUGAACACGUUUUAAAGUCGCGUGGAUUGGGUCAGAGCUUGUCAUUCUUGCACCGACUUCACAAUGUUGUUCUUCGUAAGGCUCAUGCCACAUUGGAAGUGCCUGGUGCAGAAGAGUCCGAUCUUGAUUUCGACGGAUUCAAUGACGAACUCCAGCCUGCAACGACCGAAAUACCUCUGAGCAAAGAACACGAAGAUGAACUGCAUCGCUAUGGCAUUUGGAGUGAAGAGGCAGCAUCGCUGAAUUUACCAUCAUAUGUGCCGGCUUUUGUGUUUCUUUCAAUCAUGCCGUUAGAGGUGAUGCACGAAUACCUACGCAUGCGUCUUGAAUCGAAGCCUGUUACACCGAACCCGCUGAGUCUCGAGCAACUGAUGAAAGAAUUGCGCGAAGGUCUGAUUCUUGCGAUGACGCAUCGUGAACGCUACAAUAAACACAUACACACCGCAUUUUAUGAUAAAGAGGCUGAGCUGGAGCAGCAUAUGCAAAUAUUGGAGGACUAUGAUCAAACGGUGAAAAAUGUUUUGGACGUGUAUUUGGAGUAUGUUGAACAAUGGGUGCUGGUUGCUGCUCCCGAAGGUCAUCGCAAAAAUGCGCUCGACAAAGAGUGGAUGUUUUCGAAAUUAAUUUGCCCCAUGAUACCUGGCCAGCAUGCAAACGUAGCGAAGAAAUUCUGUCAAAUUGUUAGCGAUUUGCUGCAAAUAACGGGCACACGUUUAAUCGACCGUUCACAAGAUCUCGACAAUCAAAUGAAUGGCAAAUCCGAUUUAGAUGAAGAUGAAAAGAAAUGGCAAAUUCUAACCGUGUGUCGGAAUAUCCAAGCACUUUUUACGCUCGAACGGGAAAAAACGAUGAGAUUAAUGAGCUUCGCAAAGUCUCUUUGUCGUGACAUUGAAACGCCCGAUUUUCAUCGUGAUCAUGAUUGCGACGGCAAAGAUUUUGUGUGUCAAAUGGUAAAAGAUGCCGUGACACGGCUGCAAAAAGACGUACUGUCCGUGCGACACAAACUAACGAAAAUUAUUGAACGUGUGCAAGAGCGGUGUGACGUCAAAUAUCUUGGUAACAUGGAUGAGGUCGAUAAACUGGCGAUUUUAUCACGUGCCCGUGAAAUUUUACAUCAAGGUUAUAAAUUCGGUUUUGAAUAUCACAAAGAUAUCGUUCGAUUGUUUGAAACGAAAAUUGUGAGCUGCAAAGAUAAAUCAUGUGAAUUCAAUUUGUCGCUGGGAAUCAUCAAUUUUGCAAAAAUGUGGAUGAAAUUCGUAACGGAGCGAUGUGAACGCGGACGAGGUGUGCGACCACGAUGGGCAUCAUUAGGUUUAGAAUUUUUAAUUGCGGCUUGUGAUCCGUCAAAUACACGGCAUUUGUCUGACGAAGAAUUCGAUGAUUUGAAAACAAAAAUGGACGCGUGCAUUUCACACGUUGUCGGAAUUGGCACCGAAACCGCGGAGAAAGGUCGUAAACGGAUGAGUCCACGAGCACGAAAAAUUUCACCCAGUACUACAAGUCGAGCGCCAAGCCGUCGAAAUCUUUCACCGCGUAUUACGAACGAACAACGACAAUUCUUGAAUUCGAUGAGCGUGCGUGAGGUGCGUGAAGAGGUCUCAUCGCCGAUUAGUGCUCCGAACACACCGGAACUGGUGCGAAAACAAACGUCAUGUGACCAACCUGAUAAUGUAGCUUUGGGUAGCAGCACCUUGUUGAGAGUGCCAAAAAUGAACAAUUUUGGACCAGCUUUGCGGCAAGUGCGCGUUCGAGACGCGGUUAAUCAUUUGGACCUGGAACUUGAUCGAAAAAUGCGCGAUAAAAAAUUGAUUGGCCAAGUCAAAACGGUGCUUAGUUCGGAUAAAGUGCAAAUUAAACUUCGAAGCGUCAACUUUAGAUGGCAUCGAGGAAUUAAAAUUGGACAAGGGCGAUUCGGCAAAGUGUACACAGCGGUGAAUAAUUCAACGGGUGAAUUGAUGGCAAUGAAAGAGAUUGCCAUACAACCAGGCGAAACGAAGGCCAUUCGAAACGUUGCCGAAGAAUUGAAAAUAUUCGAAGGAAUCAGUCACAAAAAUUUAGUCAAAGUCUAUGGUGUUGAAAUACAUCGGGAGGAGCUACUUAUUUUCAUGGAAUUGUGUUCAGAGGGAACAUUGGAAAGUAUAGUGGAAAUGUCAAAUGGAUUGCAUGAAGGAUUGACUCGACGAUAUACAGGCCAGCUAUUGGAUGCUGUUGCUGAGCUACACAAACAUGGAGUGGUGCAUCGCGACAUAAAACCAGCCAAUAUAUUCCUCACAAAGGCGGGCAAUUGCUUGAAGUUAGGCGAUUUCGGAUCUGCGGUAAAAAUUCAAGCGCAUACAACAAUACCGGGUGAAUUGCAAGCAUAUGUCGGCACACAGGCGUAUAUGGCGCCAGAGGUGUUUACACGAAAUCACACUGAUGGCCAUGGUCGGGCUGCUGAUAUUUGGUCGGUUGGCUGUGUUGUCAUUGAAAUGGCAUCUGGAAAGCGACCGUGGGCUCAAUUCGAUUCGAACUUCCAAAUAAUGUUCAAAGUUGGUAUGGGUGAAACGCCUGAAAUUCCAGACACUUUAUCGGAAGAAGGACAAAAUUUUGUAAAGCAUUGUUUGGAGCACGAUCCAAAAGAUAGAUGGCUUGCCACCCAGCUACUGCAACACCAUUUCUGCAAAGUCGAUUUUCAAGACGAUGCCACCACCGAAAAUGAAAAUAGUCCCAAAAUUAGCAUCUCCAAACAGUAAAUUACAUAUUUACUGACAUACAACAACAACAAACAAGCCAAACUUGUGCUAUUUAUUGCAUUGUGAGAAAGAAAAACGAACAAAUUUGUAUACACGUUUCAAUUUAACUGCUAUUACUCCAUGUGCAUUGUGCAGUAUUUCAGUUGAAAAUAUUUCUAUUUUUAUAUUGUGGUUCGAGAUUUUUGUUCUAUCAACUAGUACUAGCCUAGUGAUUUCUUCCCCCCAAACAAAAUCAUUUACUUAUCGGCACAUUCAUUUACAAAGUAUUACAAAAAAAGAAGAAGUGUGAACCAAAACGUAUGUGAAUUUGAAGUAUAAUGGUGAAUUCAAAAUUCGCUUUAGCGAAACUGAACAAAGAAAAA